UUCAUUUGUAUCAUUUAUUACACUAUUAAGUUUGCCCUCUCAUUCCCUUGCAUAUCGCUGACUUUUGAUCCACAUACCGCAGCUUGGUCAGCCAUACAAGACGUAGAAGGAAUACAGAAUAAGGAGGUUCAUAGGAUGAGGCUGUACUAUCGGCGCCUCGCACUCCUGGUGGUCUCCCAGAUACUUGCGUUCUGGAUUCUAAUCAAGAUUCUGGGCAACCCAGGCGUGCAGACAUUGCGCGCGACAGUGGGCACAUGGCUCUCCGACAGCGGGUUCUAUCCGUGCACAAUACGCAAGCUCCCAAUGAUAUUCGAGCACGGCGAUGCGCACUACUUUGUUAUCUGGGAGUCAUCAUGCCCGUCAGGGAAUCCGGUAGUUGAAUGGUGGGUGGAUGACGCUAAGGGUUCGAGGCGUGUAACUGUCGAGCCUAGGUAUAGGCGCAUCGACGCCAACCACCACAGAUACACGGCGAUUUUCGGGCCAGUUGGCAAUGCUGCGGAUGUGUUCUACAAGGUCAGCAACUACCGCCAAGGCACACAGCAGUACAGGAUCCAUAGACCAGCUAAACAUAGCCUGCACCGCGUCCUGGUGAUGGCCGACAACCAGAACGAACCCGCAAACUUCCGCCGUGUACUGGGCAGAGUCCGCAAACUCUACGGCCCUGGUGUCUAUCCAGACAUGACCUUGCAUGCAGGCGAUGUUAUCCAGAUGCCCGAAAAGCUGGAAGACUGGCAGAACCAGUUUUUUGCACCACUGGAAGACGUCGGUGGCCUGCAGCACCGUUCGCCGAUAAUAUUCGUGCCAGGCAACCACGACCACGACAAAAGCCGGCGACCAGACAACCACAACUAUUACACAGACAUGUACCAUGGGCUGUUUGAUUCCGAGGAUCUGAGCAAGACAUUGGUGGCCAACGGCACAUACCACCAGUUCUACCACAGCGUGAGCGUGGGCACAGCACGCAUCAUUGUGCUGGACGCAGAAUGCCCGUCCCCGGAGCAGAGUAUGUUUUUGAAGCGCGAGUUGCAGUCAGCGGUGUUCCAAGGCGCUGAAUUCAAGAUCAUUGCGAUCCAUGUUCCACCCUACGUCGAGUUCUGGGAUCCAUAUGCGUGGAACGACAAGGGUGAAAAGCACUGGGACGAGCAUAUCCGGGCAGAGUAUGACCCGCUAUUCCGCAAACACGGUGUACACCUGGUGCAUCGGGGCCCUGGGUAUGCACCAAACGACUCAAUCACAUAUGCCAUUCGUUGGGUUGAGGACUACCAGAUGUACAAUGUCACGUACUUUGAUCACCAUUUCGUCAGCUUGGACAUCGAGAAUAAGCAGCUGCACUGGGUCGCACGCAACGUUGCUGGCGAGACUAUCGACGAGUUUGUCUUCCAGCACUAGUGUAUGAGCGCACAUGAC